AUGACGCUCUCUACAAGAAUUCCUCAUCUGCGCAAGGUCGCAGAUACUCAGCAGCUUGUUGUGAACGGGAAGCCAUUUCUGUCCCUGGCCGCGGAGUUGCAAAACUCGUCUAUGACCUCCGCUGAAUAUAUGGAGCCUAUUUGGCAGAAACUGGUCGAUACAAAUAUCAAUACUGUACUUGGUUGUGUCACCUGGGAGAAUAUCGAGCCAGUGGAAGAUCAAUUCGAUUUUACGGAAUUGGAGAAGGUGAUUUUAGAUGCAAGGCGGCAUGGCUUGCAUCUCGUGCUCUUGUGGUUUGGCUCGUUUAAGAAUGGUAUCUCUACCUACGUUCCACCUUGGGUCAAGACACAGACGCGCCGAUUUCCUCGUGCCAAACUACGCAAAGCUGGUGGUGUCCUUGAAACAGGUGACGUGCUGUCUAUCUUCCAUGAAGAAGCAUGCAAGGCCGACGCGAAGGCAUUCUCCCGCCUGCUUCAGCAUGCGACCUCUCGUGAUGGCUCCGCGGCAGCUGAGCAGCGAUUCAAUGAGUCUGUCCCCUCAGACCUGCUGCACUUCCUCGCACAGGUUGGGACAACCUCCACCCAGACCUUCAAGCAAACCUGGACCAUUUCAAAGACCAAUCUAGCCCCAGCGGAACAUGGGCACAAGCCUUUUGGGAACAGUCCGCACACAGACGAGCUGUUCAUGGCAUACCAUUAUGCACAGUACCUCAAUCAGGUUGCUGCAGCUGGCAAAAACGAGUACCCGAUACCACUAUACACGAACGUGUGGCAGAACUAUGUCGGCCAAGAUGGCGACAAUGACUUCCCCGUUGUUGUUGGUGGCGGUGGGAAUCCCGGUGACUACCCGUCGGGUGGCGGCACCAGCACAGUCCUCGAUAUUUGGCUGAAAUUUGCGCCUUCGUUGGAUUUCAUUGCGCCCGAUGUGUACCUGAAUGAGUACGCCAGCUCGUGUCGCAAAUACCGCCAUCGCAAUCAGCCGCUGUUCAUCCCGGAGCAGCGCCGUGAUGAGUACGGUGCGAGGCGGAUCUGGGUCGCGUAUGGUUCCUUUCAGGCCAUUGGAGUGUCACCCUUUGGCAUUGAUACUCUAGAUCCGGCUACCAACCCGUUCACUAAGCAUUAUGGGCUGCUCAAGUCCGUCUCGCAGCUUGUUCUCGAAGCACAGACGCGGCCUGACUCCUCGGUCGGGUUCUAUGACGAGCUGGCGGCUGAUGGGACUGAUCCUUCGAAGCCGCUCAUUCAACACUGGGGUGGGUAUGAGAUCACUAUCGAGCGUUGCUUUGUCUUUGGAAAGUCUGGGUCGGGCGCAGGAAUGGUCGUCCACCUUGGCGGACCCAAGUCCCUCCUGAUCGGCUAG